UGGACUAGGUUGUUGCUUGACGUCAUCGGUAUGCGACGGCACUGGUAAGAUGGGAAGAUGGGAAAGAAAAGAGAAAAAGAAAAGAAACGGGGACAUUCUGAUCGAGAACAUAAUGAAGGAGAGAUGAAGAGGAGGAAUACUGAAUCCAGCACUGUGGAGCCCAGAAAGGAGACGGAGGAGCCAGAGGUUCCUCAGGAGCCUAGUGAUCUGGAGGAGGGCGGACUGGACCUGAAUAAGGCAUUCAAACCCAUCAGUGCUUACAUCCAGGACCGCAAGGAGAUGCUGGAGCAGUGUUUUCAUGUGCUGGGAGAAAAUAAACUUAAAAAUAUGCUGCCGGAUGAACUUAAGGACUGUUCUUUUAAUGAGAUUAAGAACCUGUGCUGGGAUCAGCUGCAGCAGCUUUCUGAGAUUCAUCUGCUGGAGAUUUUGGAAGGUAAAGAGUUAUCAGUCACUGCAGCACUUGAAGAGAAGAACGUAACAGACAGUCAACAGGACAGUAAUGUGGACUCCACUUCCUCUCUGAGAGAAAAUCCUGAAACAGAAGAAAAACAAGGUGCGGGUUCUGGAGACGACAGUGAUGUUCUCAGCAUCAAUGCAGAAAUUGACGACAGUGACAUUGAGGGUCAUAAAGUCAUCAAAGCUGAAGAACCAGUGCUCAGAGAUGAAGCUCUGCCUCCCGCCACAGUCAUGCAGUCAGCUGAGCCGAAAGUGGAGCUUCAGCAGGACAUUGAUAGAAGUGUCAGUGAAAUUCUAGCUCUGACGUCCUCUGAACCCAGCAAAGAUUUGAGGACAGCAUCACUGGAAAAAGCAGCCACGCUAGAAAAUGUUCCCGCAGCUUCAACAGAGCAGCCGUCAGCUCAGCAGCUGGAAUUACUGGAGCUGGAAAUGAGGGCAAGAGCCAUUAAAGCACUCAUGAAAGCCAGUGAGAUCAAGAAACUCAACAACUGCUAAUUUGUGGAAAGUCUAUGGACAUUUUAACUCAAAACUCCGGAAUUGCUUUAAAAUUCUCUUUUUGUCCUUAAACACUUUUAGUUCCUAAAAUGUCAGCACAUGUUAGGUUUAGACCCAGACAUGAAAAUGUUUUGAUUUUGAUAUAAACCAGUUUUUGUUUAAAAGAAGAAAAACUACAGAUGUUCCAAAAUAAUAAGUAUAACAAUGAAGUACUGUAAUUCCCAUACCUAGCAUACUUGUUUUAAUAAAUGUUUAUAAUGCUGCAUUUGUUCGCACAACUUGCAAAUGAGCAAUGCUUUAAACAGUUCAGCAUAAAUAAGUAACAUUUGAAAUUCCAAAGUUAGUACAAAACCACAAACAAUAGAGUAUGUGCUCUUUAUAUAUUCCUUCCACAGAAAAUAAAAAUAAUUUUAUAGUUGAUAAACUA